AUGGACUCUAAGUUGGUCAACCUGAGCAAUGGGCCAGGUUAUGCACUUUGGUAUGGAAAGCAGGCCAGCCUUGAGACCAACCUGGUCAUCGUGGAGGCAAAGCAGAAGGACAAUCUUGGCGCGGCUGAGCCCCAGGUACUCGCAUAUAUAGGCCUCGUUCAUUCCGGCCGACUCGAGCAAGGCAAGCAAGACACCACUGUAUACGGCAUUGCGAGUGACAGCUCUACCUUCGUUUUUUACCGGAUCAGCGAAGGCAGCAAGUGGUGCAAUAAGCCCAAGAUUUGGGGCCAGAGCAAGGCUGGGAAUCUGAAUAUCAUCGGUUGCCUAGGGUCCAUCUUCAGCGAGGCAUCCGCGCUGCGCGCAAUCCCCGAUGGACUCGAGAAGCCCCCGGCGCCAGUUUAG